UAAUAACGAGUGGCGUUUCUAUUAAUUUCAUCUACAUAACGUCAUAAAAGUUUUGAAGCUUUGCAGUCCAACGAUUUCUAUUCAAGACAGCCGUCCCCGAGCGAAGCAAGGCAGUAGCGGAACUUCUGCGCAGCUGACCCGUUGUAGCAGGGGGGGCAGCUUUCAUCGACGCACGCCUUGGUCUCUGGAUCCUGAGCGCCGCCUCGCAUCAGUUGUUGGGAGUGGGGCUGGUUCUGUGUCUUAAGCAUGGACGAACUGGUGGCGGAGCUGGGGGCUUCGAGCCCGGAGCAGUUGGCUGCCCCUGUAAAUACGGUGGAGGAAAAAUGGAGACUACUUCCAGCGUUUCUGAAGGUGAAAGGACUUGUAAAGCAGCACAUAGAUUCAUUCAAUUAUUUCAUCAAUGUGGAGAUAAAAAAAAUAAUGAAAGCCAAUGAAAAAAUUACAAGUGAUGCAGAUCCAAUGUGGUACUUAAAGUAUCUCAAUAUCUAUGUGGGUACUCCAGAUGUUGAAGAAAGCUUUAAUGUAACAAGACCAGUUUCUCCUCAUGAGUGUCGCCUCAGAGAUAUGACCUAUUCUGCCCCAAUUACAGUGGAUAUUGAGUAUACUCGAGGUAGCCAGAGAAUUAUUCGUAAUGCAUUACCUAUUGGCAGGAUGCCAAUAAUGCUGCGCAGUUCCAAUUGUGUUCUUACUGGGAAAACUCCAGCAGAAUUUGCCAAGCUUAAUGAAUGCCCUUUAGAUCCAGGUGGCUACUUCAUUGUCAAAGGUGUAGAGAAGGUCAUUCUUAUUCAGGAGCAGUUAUCAAAAAACAGAAUAAUUGUGGAAGCUGACAGAAAAGGGACAGUUGGCGCAUCAGUUACCAGUUCGACACAUGAAAAGAAGAGCAGAACAAAUAUAACUGUGAAACAAGGAAGAUUUUAUUUGAAGCAUAAUACCCUGUCUGAAGAUAUUCCUAUUGCAAUUAUUUUUAAGGCCAUGGGUGUUGAAAGCGACCAAGAGAUUGUGCAGAUGAUUGGUACAGAGGAGCAUGUGAUGGCUGCAUUUGGCCCAAGCUUGGAGGAAUGCCAGAAAGCUCAGAUUUUCACACAGAUGCAGGCAUUAAAGUAUCUGGGGAAUAAAGUCCGAAGACAGAGAAUUUGGGGAGGACCCAAGAAAACUAAGAUGGAAGAAGCAAGAGAGCUGCUAGCGACAACCAUUCUUGCCCAUGUCCCUGUGAAAGAAUUCAACUUCCGCUCUAAAUGCAUAUAUACAGCUGUGAUGGUCCGCAGAGUUAUUCUAGCCCAGGGAGACAAUAAAGUCGAUGACAGAGAUUAUUAUGGAAACAAACGAUUGGAGUUAGCAGGUCAACUUCUUUCCCUUCUGUUUGAAGAUUUGUUCAAGAAAUUUAACUCUGAAUUAAAAAAGAUUGCUGAUCAAGUAAUUCCCAAACAAAGGGCAGCCCAGUUUGAUGUUGUUAAACAUAUGCGGCAAGAUCAAAUCACCAAUGGUAUGGUGAAUGCCAUCUCCACUGGGAAUUGGUCACUGAAAAGAUUCAAGAUGGAUCGUCAGGGUGUGACUCAAGUGUUGUCCCGCUUGUCUUAUAUAUCUGCUUUGGGAAUGAUGACAAGAAUCUCUUCUCAGUUUGAAAAAACAAGAAAAGUGAGUGGUCCUCGGUCUUUGCAGCCAUCUCAGUGGGGUAUGUUGUGCCCCUCAGACACUCCAGAAGGAGAGGCCUGUGGCUUGGUUAAAAACCUGGCGCUAAUGACUCACAUUACUACUGAUAUGGAAGAUGGCCCAAUUAUUAAAUUAGCUGGCAACCUGGGAGUAGAAGAUGUAAACCUUCUAUGUGGAGAAGAACUUUCAUAUCCAAAUGUUUUCCUUGUUUUCCUUAAUGGCAACAUUCUUGGUGUUAUUCGAGACCAUCAGAAGCUGGUCUACACCUUUCGAUUGAUGCGUAGAGCAGGCUAUAUCAAUGAAUUUGUUUCAAUCUCAACAAAUCUAACAGACCGAUGUGUGUAUAUUUCCUCCGAUGGCGGAAGACUGUGCCGACCCUACAUUAUUGUCAAGAAGCAAAAACCUGCAGUUACUGAGAAACAUAUGGAAGAACUUGCACAAGGCUAUAGGAAUUUUGAAGACUUUUUACAUGAAAGCCUUGUUGAGUAUUUGGACGUAAAUGAGGAAAAUGACUGCAACAUUGCACUGUAUGAACAUACAAUUAAUAAACAGACAACGCAUCUAGAAAUCGAACCUUUUACGCUUCUUGGUGUGUGUGCUGGCCUCAUUCCUUACCCUCAUCAUAACCAGUCUCCAAGAAAUACUUACCAGUGUGCUAUGGGGAAGCAAGCUAUGGGUACCAUUGGAUAUAAUCAGAGGAACAGGAUAGAUACUCUUAUGUAUCUGUUAGCAUAUCCGCAAAGACCGAUGGUUAAGACAAAAACCAUUGAACUCAUAGACUUCGAGAAACUACCAGCUGGACAGAAUGCCACUGUUGCUGUUAUGAGUUACAGUGGAUAUGAUAUUGAAGAUGCUCUUGUCCUAAAUAAAGCUUCUUUAGACCGAGGUUUUGGAAGGUGCCUUGUGUACAAAAAUGCAAAAUGUACUCUGAAACGCUAUACAAACCAGACGUUCGACAAGGUGAUGGGGCCCAUGUUGGACGCUGCUACACACAAACCAAUCUGGCGCCAUGAAGUUUUAGAUGCUGAUGGCAUUUGCUCUCCAGGUGAAAAGGUAGAAAACAAGCAGGUGCUUGUUAAUAAAUCAAUGCCGACUGUGACACAGACUCCUCUGGAAGGAAGCAGCGUACCACAGCAACCACAAUACAAAGAUGUGCCAGUAACUUACAAAGGUGCAACUGAUUCAUACAUUGAAAAAGUCAUGAUAUCUUCAAAUGCAGAGGAUGCAUUUUUGAUCAAAAUAUUGCUAAGGCAAACUAGACGUCCAGAAAUUGGAGACAAAUUUAGCAGUCGUCAUGGGCAAAAAGGAGUUUGUGGAUUGAUUGUGCCACAAGAGGAUAUGCCAUUUUGUGACACAGGAAUCUGUCCUGAUAUUAUUAUGAAUCCCCAUGGCUUUCCAUCACGUAUGACGGUAGGAAAACUAAUUGAGCUUCUGGCAGGAAAAGCUGGUGUCCUGGAUGGUAGAUUUCACUAUGGAACAGCAUUUGGAGGCAGUAAAGUAAAGGAUGUAUGUGAAGAUCUCAUUCGUUAUGGCUAUAAUUACUUGGGAAAGGACUAUGUAACAUCUGGCAUAACUGGGGAGCCCUUGGAAGCCUAUAUCUAUUUUGGGCCAGUUUAUUAUCAGAAGCUAAAACACAUGGUGUUGGAUAAGAUGCAUGCACGAGCUCGAGGACCAAGAGCAGUCCUAACCAGGCAACCUACAGAAGGCCGAUCCCGUGAUGGAGGCUUACGUCUGGGCGAAAUGGAGCGAGAUUGCCUGAUUGGUUAUGGAGCCAGCAUGCUUUUGUUGGAAAGACUUAUGAUUUCAAGUGAUGCAUUUGAAGUGGAUGUAUGUGGCCAAUGUGGAUUGCUAGGCUAUUCCGGAUGGUGCCAUUACUGCAAAUCCUCAUGUCAUGUGUCUUCACUACGCAUACCAUAUGCCUGUAAACUUUUAUUCCAAGAACUCCAAUCUAUGAACAUUAUACCCAGAUUAAAAUUGGCCAAAUACAAUGAAUAAACGAUGGAGGAGCAAAGAGAAAAAAUAAGAAGAGGAAACGUAAUCGGAAAGAGCUUAAGUGACAACAGAACUGAUAAAACCAAAUAGGCCCCUAAUUCCUUAUUGGUUUUCUCUUCCCUCUUUGACUGGGAGACAAUGCUAAGAGAACAUUAGAAGCCACUACCACAAAGACUCAAGCUGUGUUUAUCUGUGGCAGUAAGUUAGAUGCCCCCAUUCACCAAGACUGCUACUUCAGCUCAGACCUCAGCUUCCCCUUGAAAUGCAGGAAAGCACUGAAGAUCAGACCUGCUUAGUGGAUUUCUUUCUUUAUCAAUAAACCACUUAAAUAUGUGCAUACAUUAAGAGUGGUAACAUGGUACUGAAAUCAGUGGGGUUUCAAGGAAUUGUUUUGUACAGCCUAAACUGAUACAUUUUGACUGAAGCAUACUAUAAACUAACUGCAGCUGUUUCUGUUUUGUUUUUUAAUAUUAUUGAUUAGGACCGACCAGAUAAG